AUGCCACUCUUCAUGGAUACGUACGCGGAGAAUAUGCAGCGAGAUUCCACCGAAGCGCAAAGGCUUGAUGAGCAAUUCGACCUUCUCACAGAAAACAUCGGCUACCUGCUGCACCCGUCCGUUCGAGACAAAAUGCAUCCCCGCGCCCGAGUUGCUGACAUCGCCACCGGCACUGCAGCUUUCCUGCGUGACCUGGCCCAUGACUGGCCCGACGCAAUCUUACACGGAUAUGACAUAUCAACAUCGCUGUAUCCACCCGCCAGAACCCUCCCCAAAAACGUGACUCUGCACCUUCUCGACGCCCGCAAGGAUGUUCCAGUCAGCCUCUACGGAAAAUAUGAUAUCGUACAUGUUCGACUCAUUGCCGCCGGCUUGACUGCGUCUGAAUGGGGGAGAGUCAUUCGCAAUCUUGCUAAACUACUAAAGCCUGGCGGUGUUAUGCAGUGGGAAGAGUGCGACUUUACCAAUGUUCGCCACCUCCCCAGUAAACCUGAUUCCACGACCGAUGCGGCUAGUGCCAUAGGAAUGAUGUUCCUCACUGCCAUGAGACUCCGCUUUGAGCAUGGGUGGAAUCGAUUGGCGACCGACAUGCGCACUGCAGGUCUAGUAGACGUCCACACUGAGGCCGUUUCUGUGGAUCGGGUGUAUGAUACCCGCGCACGCUUGACUAUCAAUGGAAUGAGGGCUAUGUUCGCAUGGGCGCGCCUUCAUUCUGCGAGAGGGUCGCAAGGGGCGCUGACCCUGCGGCAGGUUGAGGAUCUAGAGCAGAAGGCUUAUGCGGAUAUUCAAUCUGGUUGUUACGUCACCUUUGACAUCCACGUUGCAUGGGGAUUUCGGCCCAAGGAUGAAGAGUGA